AUGGACACGGAUCACGAGGCUCACAGCAUGAGCCGGACCGGCCCAGACGGAGGAGGUGCGAAGCCUCGGGCGUGCGCCAACUGUGCGCGGCUCAAGAUCAAGUGCCGAUGGCCGGAAUACGGAAACGGGAAUCCAGAUGCUGCCUGCCUGCGCUGUGCCCGUAUGAAGUUCUCAUGCCACGUCCCGGCUGCAACCCAGAAGCGCAAAAGGGGCAAAUCAACGCGUGUAGCACAACUCGAAGAGAAGCUCGAUGGCAUCGUGUCGCUUCUCGCCGCCCACAGGCAUCUGCAAGCCAGUAGCAUGUCUCCUACGCCGCCCGAACCGUCGAAGGAACCCCGCGAGAGCCCACGUGAGGCCGUCCGCCCAAAUAAUGCGAACUCAAGAGAACCGUUGGGACGCGACGUGGAGGACCUGUCUGCAAUGUACAGACUGUUUCCGGGCUUCUCGCUUACGGGCGAGCAGGCGACGGCGUACCUCGAAAUCUACCAAACGGAACUGAUGCCAAACUUCCCGUUUGUUGUCAUCCCGCCGAGUAUGGAUGCUCAUGCGCUAUACUCCCAAUCCCCGUCACUGUUUUGGGUCACCAUGGCCGCGGUGGCGCCCCAAUCUCUGGCAAUCCAGGAAGAGGUGCGCAAGUGGCUACGACAAUACAUAGCCGAGCACAUGAUUGUCAAACAAGAGAAAUCGCUUCAACUGCUUCAGACUCUGCUGCUACAUAUGGCAUGGAGCGAUUACCAUUACUACGUUUACUCGGAUGCGACCAACUUUCUGCAGUUGGCAAUGUCACUCGUCAUUGACCUGAGAUUGGACAAGUCCCCCGACACGACCGGUGUCAUGCCGAAGUCGCUGCUCGGAGAGACCUGGACAGCCCUUAACAAAGGCGCGCCAUACCGCCUGGGAGUGCCGCACACGCUUGCAGAGAAACGCGCCGUCCUGGGCUUCUACCACUUUUCGUCCAUCGUGUCUCUGCUAUUCCGCCGUGGUGCCCAGCUGCCUUGGAACCAUUACCUGAGCCAGUGCUGCGACUCUCUUCUCGACGCCCGGGAGUACGAAGGCGACAUGUAUGCCGUGGCGCUGGUGCGAAUGCAGUGCAUUUCCGACAGGGUUUCUGGGUUCUUGCCCCCUACUGGGACGGGCGACAGGGACAACAGCGUUUACCGCCCGCCUCUGGAAAUGGCCAUAAAGAGUCUCCGUGCUGAACUUGACAGGUUUGCUCACAGCCAGCCCGCCUUUGUCAGCCAUAACAAUGUCUUUUGGGCGUACUAUCACGGGCUGGUCAUGCGCCUGUACGAGCCGAUCAUUUCGAUGCGAGUAUCCCCAGCAUCCAGCUCGGAUACCUUCUCAUCAGAGACGUUCCAGAGAACGGAGUCCUUGUGGAAAUGCCUGGAAUCUGCCGCAGAUUUCUUUGGUUCCCUACAAGCGAUUCCGUCGACGCAGCUGCCGCUGCUGCCACUCACCGCAAAUGCUCUGCUUGCUCUCGUUGUGGUGACCACGUCUCGCCUUUUGCUCCUGGAGGUUUCAAACGACUGGGAUUCAGCUCCUGCUCGGCGAAAACUCGACUUUGCCGCCGCCUUGGACCGGAUCGCAGACUUGUUUGAGCAAGCCGACCGGUGGGCUCAAGGCGCCGGCAGACGCCGUCGGCCGCAAGAGGAUACCGAGAACGCCCCUUGCAUGUAUACCUUUAGGCUGCGGUGGGUUCGGCAAUGGUACCUUUCCAAGAUCUCGCACAGCGACAUGCCCCAUCAGCAACAACAACCACGAACCUCAGGCGCGCGACCGGCUCAAGCUCUAACGGCGAAUCAGUGGGGGGACGUGAGCCUGGAAGAUAUGGACAUGGACUUUUGGCCUGAGUUGUUCUAUGGACCGAUUCCGGAGGUGACACUGCCAACUCCUCCCGUCAUGGGCUGGUCCAUGUAG